UGUGUUGUUUCUUUUUAAGAGGGAAAGAUUAGGGAAGGAAGGAUUUAAUUUCAUCAGGAAAGAUUCAAAUUCUCUUAUUCCCUGUAUCUAAAUUACCAUUAUGUCAAUACCAGUGGACAUCCGAGGUUCCCUGAAAUUGCCACCCUUGGCUUUGUAUCAGAAGGGGGAACGCUUUCACAAAACUGAAGAUAUCUCUAACACCUUUGACAAGCUCUACAAACUUCAUUGGAUCCUCCCUGAUCCUCUGAGGGACUUGCUGUGCACCUUCGUUAGUGAAGAGGAUGUUCGGGAAAAUCAUGAAUACCCUAAAGUUGAAAAGAUUUUAAAAGUUAAGAAGCUGCCAAGUGAGAUUUAUAUAACAACUGAACGAAAUCUAGCAACCUGGAAAAGAACCAUGUCCAACAUAAAGCAUGAAGGAAGUAGAAAAUUCAUCUUUCAGAAGAAAAAACCUAUGGGGAUUUUAAUGUCAGCUGUAAUUGUAAGAUGGCUGAGAAGAAGUACAAAACCACCAUUGAAUCAAGAAUCAGUUACUGAAGAGAUGUCAGUAUUUGGGCCUAUUGAAUCAAUGACUACUUUGGGAAAACAAAGUGCUCUAAUUAUAUAUGAGAACAUAAUUUCAGCUUGUAGAGCAGUGUCUGCUUUUUCUACUGAUAUGUCAGGCAGAAACAUACGGUGUUAUUGGUUCCAUAAAUUCAUGUCAAAAAACAAAAGUAUAAGAAUUUGCAGAAAUGCACUUCUGAAGGCCACUUAACAUGAUUAUGUGGCUCCACAGCAAAAUAUAGUCAUCAGAACAGUAGCUUGAUAAUGACAAAAGGCAUCCUGAGUUUA